CUCCGCGGCUCCUCCAGACACUGCACCUCACCUCCCCAGAGGCUACGGGCCAUCAGAAGCCCCUGCAGCUCACACAGACCUCAGCAAAGCCGGGCCAGCAGGCAGGUGUCUCUCUCUCUCUGGCAGCAUCUGUCAAAACGAGAGACUUGCCUAACCUUCAGCUGCCGCCUGGACAUUGUGGAGGUGGGAGACCCACCUGCCGGCUGCCAUCCUGGGGCCCUGCUGCGCCUGGGAGGCUGCUCGGGGCUGGGACACCCAGAGGGGUUGUCACCAGCCUGGAGGUGGCCAUGCGGUGUCCUUCUCCCUGAGGAGGGGCCCGCCCAACCGGGGCCUUCUCCAAGCCAGGUGAUGACUACGUCCGAGGACCGAAGCCCAGCCCAGCCUGGUGGGACGAGCGAGCCAAGGGUGAUGUUGGACUCAGUGACACACAGCACCUUCCUGCCCAACGCGUCCUUCUGCGACCCCCUGAUGUCGUGGACUGAUCUGUUCAGCAAUGAAGAGUAUUAUCCUGCCUUUGAGCAUCAGACAGCCUGCGACUCCUACUGGACAUCCGUCCACCCUGAGUACUGGACAAAGCGCCACGUCUGGGAGUGGCUCCAGUUCUGCUGCGACCAGUACAAGCUGGACGCCAGCUGCAUCUCCUUCUGCCACUUCAACAUCAGCGGCCUGCAGCUGUGCAGUAUGACACAGGAGGAGUUCAUCGAGGCGGCCGGCAUCUGUGGGGAGUACCUGUACUUCAUCCUCCAGAACAUUCGCUCUCAAGGUUACUCCUUUUUCAAUGACGCUGAAGAGACCAAGGCCGCCAUCAGAGACUAUGCUGAUUCCAGCUGCUUGAAAACAAGUGGCAUCAAAAGUCAAGACUGUCACAACCAUAGUCGAACAAGCCUCCAAAGUUCUCAUCUAUGGGAAUUUGUGCGAGACCUGCUUCUAUCUCCUGAGGAAAACUGCGGCAUUCUGGAAUGGGAAGACAGGGAACAAGGUAUUUUUCGGGUGGUUAAAUCAGAAGCCCUGGCAAAGAUGUGGGGACAAAGGAAGAAAAAUGACAGGAUGACAUACGAGAAGUUGAGCAGAGCUCUGAGGUACUACUAUAAAACGGGAAUUUUGGAACGGGUCGACCGAAGAUUAGUGUACAAAUUUGGAAAAAAUGCCCACGGGUGGCAAGACGACAAGCUAUGAUCUGCUCCAUCAGCAAGCUCAUUUUAUGGAUUUCUGUCUUCUAAAACAAUCAGAUUGCAACAGACACUUGAAAGUCUUUGUCUUUUUUUUAAACCUGUAAACGUGUUGAUAAAAUUUCUCCACAUCUCAGCUUACACUUGGAUUCAGAGUUGUUGUGGUCUACUUGUGGAUGAUGGCAACAACCCUUAAGAAAUUCUUUUUUUUGGUUUUCACCCAAGGGGAGGGGGGAUGACCUUUGAUGGUACCUAGAUCAGACAUUACUUCCCGAAUCAAGAGUUGCAGAACCACAGGAGCCAGUGCCAUUGGCGCUGCUCAGAGACAAAGGAUCCGAUUCUGCCCUGAGAGACUCCUCCAGUGCUCCCAUUCCAAAGGCUCCAAAGUUUUCACAUACUUACUGUGGCAGCUCACAAAGAAAGAAAAAAAAGUAAUUAGUUUGUAGUCAAUAUAGUAGGAGGGGGUGCAAUGUGGGAAAGACAAACAUACUGUAGAUUUUAAAUCGUUAAAGUCAAAUUCCAUAGAAAAGUUUCUUAAUUAGUAAAAGAGCUACACCAUCAAGGUGGUACAUAAUUGGAUUUAGCAUAAGUUAAUAGGAAGUUUCUUAACCAAAACAUCUUUUUGGCCUCUCAGCAAAACGCCCAUGGCCAUCCUUCUGGAGUAACACACUUAAAAUCAGGCACGUUCUUAAUUCUCGCUGAGUUUAUUCCCCCUCUACUCCUACAGGUGGGGGGCAUCAGACAUGCAAAGAGUUAGUCAAAGAUGCUUGCCUCAAUGUCCAAAUCACAGCUGUUUGUAUGAUUCAAGUUAUCAACACAAUAAGCUCGUAAUUCAUCGAUUCUGUCUGUGGCCAAGACGUCAACCCUUUAUAGAACCGGGAGUGUCCUGACAGCUCUGUAAUGUCCAAUUAGAUUAUGCGUCCCUUUCAUUUUGUCAUCCUACCUGAUGUGUACGCAAGCUCCAAAACACAUAUUUCCUUAACAAAAAAUAGUGGCGCUGAAUUUACACCAGUGAAUGUUCACGGGUUCAAGUCUGCACUGACGUUUUCUCAUCAUCACUGGUAGGUGAGCUGUUGGCGCCCUCCAGCUGGGUGGACGGCCCCGGACUUCUGCUUCCCAGAGCAGGAAGCUUCAUGUGACAAGGCGCCAAACCACAAUGCAGGCUGAGGGCCUCCGUGCUUACAGGUUCCCUUCAAAAGUAACUUGUUGUUAAAAAAUGUGAAUGACUGUAAAAUAAUCUAUUUUUGGAUUCCUGUGUUUUCCAGGUGGAUACACUUUGUAAACAAUGUGAAUAAAAUAUUUAACACGUUA